GCCGCCCGCCCGCCGGGCGCCCCGCCACCCGCGCGAUGGGCGCCAACGAGGACCAGGAGAUGGAACUAGAAGCAUUACGAUCAAUUUAUGAAGGAGAUGAAAGUUUCCGGGAAUUAAGUCCAGUUUCAUUUCAAUAUAGGAUAGGUGAAAACGGUGAUCCCAAGGCCUUCCUCAUAGAGGUAUCCUGGACAGAGACGUACCCCCAGACCCCUCCGAUCAUAUCUAUGAAUGCCUUUUUUAACAACACCAUAUCAUCAGCUGUAAAGCAGAGCAUAUUAGCCAAGUUACAGGAAGCUGUGGAAGUUAAUCUGGGGACGGCUAUGACCUACACAUUAUUUGAAUAUGCCAAGGACAACAAAGAGCAGUUCAUGGAGAAUCACCAUCCUAUUAAUUCUACCACAUCCAUAAGCAAUAUCAUCUCAGUUGAAACUCCUACCACAGCCCCAUCAAGUAAGAAAAAAGACAAAAAAGAACAACUUUCAAAAGCCCAGAAACGGAAGCUAGCAGAUAAAACAGAUCACAAAGGAGAGCUUCCUAGAGGAUGGAACUGGGUUGAUGUGGUGAAGGUACAUAAUAUUUAUGUUCUGGUCUUCAAAAUUGUUACAGUUAUUGCUGUCAAAUAAUGACAUCUCUGUCUUUUUUUCUCCCCAUCAAUCUUUGGAUUUCCUGGGAUGUCUCCUUCCUUUUUGACAUCCAGCAUUUGAGCAAAACUGGCUCUAAAGAUGAUGAAUAACACUUGGCAUUUGAGACAAGGGACUCGCAUCCUUUUAAAAGUAACCUGGGUUCAAAAUCUUUCACUACUCUUUCUGGUAUCAAGGUGACUUUUUAUAAAACAACUUUUUGUAUGUUUCUUAUGUAAAACCUGUUGUAAGCUGUCAGUUCAUGAAGAGAUCUGGUGUAUUAAAUCAUUUUCACAAAUUUGCCUUAAUAAAAGGUGAAACUGUUGAUGUGUAGCAUACUUUAUGAACCUGUUGGGCUUUGUAAAUGUACAAAUGCAGGGGAUGAUAAAUAUUAAUUUAUAUGAUCUUAUUCAGGUAGGUGUGAUGUUUUUUUUUAAGGUCUGAAGCCCUUUUCAAACUCUCAGCCCCGUGGAGCAGAGUGCUGAGUGAGCGCCACUCCCCACGCCCACCUAGCACGCUUCUGUCUUCGUGAAGUCUUUCUCUUCAUUGCUGAAGCGUAAAUCGCUUCAGAGAAAUUGAAGUAGAAGUACUGGGUUUGAACCUCAUAGAUAGGACUCCUUGUAGCUCCUUUUUAUUUUUCAAAGGUGAACCGCUUCUCUUUGAUGAAUCAACAUGUGUUUAUGCUUUUGGUUUGGGUCAUGAUGUUUGGGCACGAGAGCUUUCGGUGUUACCAGGGAGAGGAGAAUGUGAAAAUGUAUCUGCCAGAUAUCUUAGGAAGCAUUCGAAUAGAGAUGCUGGUUCUUAUUUAAAAAUUUCUCUUUGCUGCAAAUACCAGGAUGGGAGUAAAAGAUGCCUUAAUAAUUAGUUUUUGUAGUGUGGAGACAAUAGCUUCAAUAAAUUCCUAUGUCUAUGCUAUUGUUGCAAUUUUUAAUUGUUUGGUAACUGAGAUCUUCUAAAUGAUUUAAAACCACAUUUCAACUCUUGUUUUUGUUUUGUUUCGUUUUUAGCGUCUUUUCAAUAUCUAUAUGUAUUUCUCAGCCUGACCAUCUUUGUAAUAACAACUGUAAAGUCAGAUGCUGAACUGAAGUACAUGAUUGAUAUUUUUGUUAUCAUUAAUAGAAGAAGCUAUUAGUGUAGCUUUACCAGGAAGUUACUGAUGCUUGUGUGUGACUUGCAGUGAUUCUAUAGAUGCUCCCCAACAAUAAAGACACUUACAACUACUGCUGUGGUAUCCGGAAGGGCAAGUGGUUGGUUCCUCAAAUUAGACCUGUGCAUCUUGGGUCUGAGUUUUUGAAGAAUAAUUCACUUUUAAAGAAGUUUCCUUAGCACAAGGGUGUUUGAGGUAUCCCUGGUGUUUGCUGAGUUAACACUGACUUGAGUCUUUAAAGUGUCAUUACAAUGAAGAAGUGUAAUGACAUUUUCAAAAGCUGUAUUACUUUUUAUUUCUUGAGUUAAUAUGAUAGAGAAAAAACAUUAAAAUUCAGGACCAUUGGAAUGUGCCAACUUUGGGGUUGUGUGUGGUUUUGUUGUGUUGACUUGUUUGCUUGUUUUGUAAAGAAGCUGAAACUGCUGGAAGAAAAUAUUUCAUUUUGUGCUGAAGAUUUUGAAGUUAUUCAGGCUUAUCAUGGUUCAUAGAUUACAAAGAUUGAUGCUAGUUCAAUGCCAAUGACUAUUUCUACUCUUUUUAUAUGAAAUGUGCACACGUUGGGGGUGCUGGUGGCAGCGGUGCCUCCUACUACCUCAUGUAGUGAGGUAGUAGGCCAUGGAAAACACUUGAACAUUCUCAUCAGUCUGCCAUCAUCUGUUUAACCUCCUGGCAUAUUUUAUAAAAGUCUGUUUACUUCAACUUGUAUGGAAAUGACAAUUAAUAAGCAAUAAAAGCUGAACGCAUAUAU